ACUAACAGUAGUAAGUAACACGAGGAGGUGCAAAACGCAGCAUAAAAAGCAAGAGGAACACUUGGUAUUCUAACACCACCACCACCACCUCACGACGGUUUCUCUUCUAUUUCAUUUUCAACCACCUUGGGCUGGGCCUUGCAUGGCUUGUCUGGGCCGCCACCACAACAGCUGGGCCGUUCUCCCCAACAUGGUCUCCGAACGUUUCCCUCUCUCCGCCACCGGCAACCGCCUCCAAGACGACGAUGCCGAACCCAAGUGUUGCCCCUCUCUCUCCUCCUCCGCCUAUCGCCUCGAGAAAGUUUUCCCCGUUUACGCCAUGGGCAUCCCCGACCCGGACCCCGAUCCUGGAUCCGUUCUGGACGGUUCUGACCCGAUUUGGGAUGCUGUCAGAGAGGAAGCUAAGCUCGAGGCAGAAAAGGAACCAGUUUUGAGUAUCUUCUUGUAUGCUAGUAUUUUAUCACAUGAUUGCUUGGAGCAGGCAUUGGCGUUUGUUGUUGCCAACCGUCUCCAAAAUCCUACUCUUUUGGCAACUCAACUGAUAGAUAUAUUUUGUAAUGUGAUUAUGCAUGACAAAGGUAUCCAGAGAUCCAUUCGCCUUGAUGUCCAGGCAUUUAAAGAUCGGGACCCUGCUUGUUUGUCAUAUUGCUCGGCACUUUUGUAUAUGAAGGGUUACCAUUCUCUGCAAGUAUAUCGAGUAGCCCAUGCAUUGUGGCACCAGGGACGCAGAGUCUUGGCCUUGGCUUUGCAGAGCCGUGUUAGUGAGGUUUUUGGAGUUGACAUUCAUCCUGCUGCGAAAAUUGGGGAGGGAAUUUUAUUAGAUCAUGGGACAGGCGUGGUUAUUGGUGAAACUGCAAUUAUUGGAAACAGAGUUUCAUUGAUGCAUGGUGUAACAUUAGGAGGCACGGGGAAGGAAAUAGGUGAUCGCCAUCCCAAAGUAGGUGACGGCGCACUAAUUGGAGCUAGUGCAACUAUACUUGGGAAUAUAAGAAUCGGUAAAGGUACGAUGAUAGCUGCUGGCUCCCUUGUGUUAAAGGAUGUCCCUCCCCACAGCAUUGUCGCAGGAAUACCAGCAAACGUUAUUGGAGGUCUACAGGAGCAUGAUCCAUCUUUAACCAUGAAGCAUGAUGCUACAAAAGAUUUUUUCACACAUGUAGCUGCUAACUGUACAAAUGAAAAGCCCACAGGAGUUCAGAAUCCAGAUCGAAAUGAAAUGAACACUUGAGAGGUUCGGUAGAGUAGAUCUCAUUUGGCAUUCAUUUCCUUCAAUGGAAGGAUGAUGUUAUAGUUAAUGUUAGAAUCAGGGUCAGUUCAAAUGUUAACAUGCAUCUCGAAUAUCAAUAGUAUUUUCAAUUUUUCAUAAUUGUAAUUUAUGCUGCUGAGUGCCGAGGUUCUUGCAUCAGUAUUGCGAAUUUCUGUAUAGACAAAUUUAAAAGCAGAUGUUAUUUGUCUCUAGCUGCUGCUUCUUCCUCUUCUUUCCCUGUGACAUUGUUUUGGGA